AUGCGUCUUCUACUACUCAUUUUCUCCUUUAUAUUCCUGUCGUCAAGCUCCGCUUCUUCUCCGACGACUGGUCCUGGAAUUCUGGAGAUUCUCAUAGAAUCUGGAGUUUCAACAGAUGUUGGAUUUGUUGUGAACUGUAAGGAAAAUAGUCAUGUCACUUGGCGUCAUUUGAAGCCAAACACUCCGGAAUUAUUGAUUUUCAAUGAGUUCAAUCAAACCAAUCCCUACUGUCCGAUAAAUGUCACGAUUCACGGCAACGUCACAUCACAUUUAAUGAUAUUUUACCCAAAUCAAGGCUUAUACGACAUCGAUGAUUUGCCACUACCGUAUACCGGAUUACAAAUGAAAUACAAGUGUGCCGAAAAUAGGUACGGUAAUAAAUGUGAGCAACAUUGUUCGGAGUACAGAGAUAACUGGCGAUGUGAUGAAUAUGAACGGCAGAGUUGUGCCGAGGGUUACUGUGGAUGGAAUUGUCAUAAAUCUGUCUCGGAAUGCCGUAACUAUUGCAAAUGUCAGAAUGGUGGAAAAUGUUAUUCAGAUCCUAUCUUCUCUACAGAUUUUUUCGUCAUGUGUGAAUGUCCGCUAGGUUACCAUGGAGACUAUUGCGAGAAAUUCAAGUAUUUCGACAGAAAAUUAGAGUUUUCGACGAAUUUCGGACUGAACACGACGGUUAAGAACAAGUUUUCGAAUCGAACCGAUAUCUAUCAACUAUUCGAAAAAUACGAGAAGAAACUGCGGACAUUCGGAAACGAGGGAUUUCUGUCAUUUUUCGUACCAUUCAAAAUACCGGCAAAACAAUGGAUUCUGAUUUGGUUGGUGGUGAUGUCGGGUUACUGUAUUUACAAAUUCUGCGUAGAAUCGGAAAAUGAGGAGAAGACUCCGAAAACUUCUAAAGUGGAAAAGAAGAAGACGUCAGAAGAGGAAAAUAAUGGUAUUCUGAUUGAGAUGAAUGAUAUGUGA